AGGCCGAGCCGCUGGAUGCCGAUCGGCGACGGCGCUGAGGGGAGCGGCGGCACGGCUGGGUGGGCGCGGCCCGCCGGAGGGUGGCCAGGACACAAGCUGCGGCAGACGCAACAGCUCGUGGAGAGCAGUGGCUUUGUGCUGAACGCGGCGGCCCGAAAGCUCAUCGAGAAGGUCUCUCCCGAGAAUGCCACCGCAGUGCUGGAGGACCUACUCGGGCGCGGCGGCGAGGCCGGCGACCCCAGCGAGUUUGUGUCCAAGGCCCUCUGCAGCCAGAUCCUGUCGCGCGUCAAGGGGCCAGAUCGCGGCGCCGGUGGGCUCUCCAAGGCCGUCUCCAAGGUCGUGGCCAGGCCGAGGUCCGUGAUCCCCAAGGCACCGCCGGUGGGCUCGGGAGAGGCGCACAAGCAGCAGCACCGGCUCUACAAGACCCAGUUGUGUAAGCGCUUCGAAGGCACGGGCUCCUGCCAGCUCGGAGAGGCGUGUCAGUUUGCCCACGGGCAGGCCGAGCUGCGGGGAGGGGCUGGCGGUCAGGCGGCACCAGCGGAAGGCGCGGGCGGGACGGGCGCCGUGGCCACCAGCCCCGACGAGCCAGGGGCGUACGUCGACAUCCCAGGGGCGUACAUCGAUGUCGAGGAGGAUCUCGCCGACGUGGCCUCGCCAAACGCCGACUGCGACGAUGGGCCCAACAGGCCGCCGCCAGGAGAUCUCGAGGAGCCCGGCGACGCCUCGGCCGGCGUCAGGCCCGCGAAGCGUCGCAGAGCAUUGGGAAAGUACGCGGACGACGAGGACGAGGCCGCCUUGGGCCCCGGGGGCGGCGGAGCCAGGGCCAGCAGCUGGGCGCCGGCGAAGCGGGCGAAGGCGGCCGCCGCGCUGUGCAAGGGCUGGGUCCAGACAGGUGAUUGCCAGUUCGGCGAGCGUUGCAAGUUCGCGCACGGGGAGGAGGAGCUGAUGGCGGGGCCAGCGGUGAAGAAGGCGGAGCUGUGCAAGUAUGUGUCGCAGGGGAAGACGUGCAUGUUCGGUUCCGUCUGCUGGUACGCGCACACGGAGGAGGAGCUGCAGAGGGCCACCGAGGCCGCGGCGGCUGGCCGGGCCCCGCUUGCCCAGGAGUACGCGCCGGCAGCCUGCCCCGAGCGCAACUUGUACUACAAGACCCGGCCCUGCUUCGCGUUCAAUGCUCGCGGGCGGUGCAAGCUAGGAGAUCGCUGCCAGUAUGCCCACGGAGACCACGAGCUGCGCCAGGCUCGGCAGGACGAGGGCGUG